CAUACCAACGUCCGUUCAACAUGGCGUCUUCCGAAAGUUCUGGUGUGACUACAGGUCAACCCAAUUUACACAAACAGGAUUUGUCGAAAUUGGAUGUUACCAAGCUAACUGCUUUGUCCCCUGAAGUAAUCAGUAGACAGGCUACUAUAAAUAUUGGUACUAUUGGACAUGUAGCCCACGGGAAGUCUACUGUGGUAAAAGCCAUUUCUGGGGUGCAAACUGUUAGAUUUAAGAAUGAACUGGAACGAAACAUUACUAUUAAGCUUGAGAAACUCCAGUUCGAUGAAAACGGUACUGUCACAUGGCCGAAUAACGUGCAAGGACAGAAGGUGGACGUCGACCAGGCCUUGAAGGACUCUGAAAAUUACGAAAAUGAACGUAGGGGAGUUAAAAGGAAAUUGGAGAAGCUAAGGAUGGUCAGGCCGAAUAAGAAAAGAGUCACGUACUCUAAGGAAUUUGUCGUUGAGAAGAUAAUGGCGCAGGAAUUUAACCCGUCUACCCGGAGACAUAUGUUCUUGGUCAAAUGGAAGGGUUAUAGCACGGAACAGAGCACCUGGGAGCCUUUGGAGCAUUUGACGCACUGCACGUUAAUGCUGACGCAGUUUUUGGCGGAAAAGUUGGGUUCACAGGUGCUGGACAAGCUUUGCGAGAAAUUAAACGUGUCCAGCACCUUAUCGGACCAAGACAUACUAGAAAUAUUGAAGAUUCACGAUUUGAGGUUGUUACCGGACAAACUCACCCUGCAGCAGAAGCUACUGACGAUACUGGCGACUCCCCCACAAGACAGACACAUCCACAAGCUCGAAGAGGGCAAGCGGGCCAUCCUAACGUACCAGCUGGUACUAAAACGGGAAGUGCAAGUGAAACAACUGAAGGAAUGGGAGGAGAUGGUCCACGAGAAGGUGAAAGAUGAAGCGGCGAUCACUGUAGAGAACAACAUAGACCUGGAGUGUCUGCCCGACGGUUUUAUCUACGUGAACGAAUACGUAGCGACGGACGGCAUAGUUAUCCCUGAUGACCCGGAGGUGGGCUGCGAGUGUGAGGAGUGCGGGCCGAAGCUGAAAGGGUGCUGCGGACGGCAGCCCCACAACGGUUUCACCUACAAGAAGGGGGGCCUCCGGGUUAACGUCAACCCCGGCACCCCCAUAUACGAGUGCAACAAGCUCUGCAAGUGUGGCCCCGACUGUCGGAACAGGGUCGUGCAGAAGGGACGCAAGGUGCCCCUGUGCAUAUUCCGCACGUCCAACGGGUGCGGGUGGGGCGUGAGGGCAAAACGCAAGAUCCACUGCGGCGAGUUCGUGUGCGAGUACGUCGGGGAGGUGAUCACGCACGAGGAGGCGGAGAUCAGGGGGCGCACCUACGACCAGGAGGGGCGAACUUACCUGUUCGACUUGGAUUACAACUCCCGCGAUAACCCGUACACCGUCGACGCUGCUAAGUACGGUAACGUUUCGCAUUUUAUCAACCAUUCGUGCGACCCGAAUCUAGGCGUGUACGCCGUGUGGGUAAAUUGCCGGGACCCGAACCUGCCCAAGUUGGCUCUGUUCGCCCUGAGGGAGAUAGAAAGGGACGAGGAGAUAACGUUCGAUUAUAUGAUGAACAUCGAUCCCGUCGUUCCGACGACUCCCGAAAAGUCGAGGUUCCUGCACACCCCCGACAAGAACGAGGUUAUCCAGAACGGGAGGAAUAUUUGCAAGUGCGACGCCGAUUCCUGUCGUAGAUAUUUGUUCUAGGAGGAUAAACGUUGGAAACAGUAUUACAUGGUUUUAGUUUUAUUUGGUCGUCGGUCUCCUAUGGACGCUGUAAGCUGUGUAUGACGUCACUAGGCUGACAAUGUAUCGAUGUGUCUAUAACGGACCAACGAUCUGGGCUUUUUUAAAAAAAAUGGGAUUUUGUAAUAAUACAAAACAUGGGGAUAUUUUUGGAUAAUUUUGUAAGGGUUUCCGUGAUGUUUCGAUCUUUGUUUAAAAUUAAAGCCAAAAACAAGUAAUUUUUUUCGUCAAAGAUCCACAAUUAAGAUAAUCUAUCUUAAAGGGUGAUUCCGAUUCGUGUCAUUAAAUUUUUAACGUAUCCGUUAAAUAUUGAAUAGGAUUUUCUAUUCUUUAUGCCAAAAUUUUGCGCGACCAUUAAUAACAAGAUAAUUUUAACAGAAUCUUAAAAAUCCGAUGGAGUAGUUCAAACGUCCUAGUUUUGUUACAGAUCAUCGGCCGUAUUAAAUCAGAAUAUUAAAAAUCCGAUGAAGUAGUUCAAACGUCCUAGGUUUACUGCAGAUUAUUGGCCGUAUUAAAUCAGAAUAUGUAUA